CGUACUUUCACGCCUUUCUUCGUCUUCUCUAAGAAAAAUACGCAACCCUCUUAUCAGAACAAUGUCUACCCGCUAUCUUGCUGAUCCAAAGACUCCUAUAUCUCGUCUUGAAGCCAAACCGUUCUUUGAGGCCUUGACUGACAAGGAAAAGACAUAUGCCCACUUUAUGUCGCGCGCCUCAUUCCAUGGUACCCGCAUCGUCAUUGCACAAACUAAUCCAGGAGCACCAGAAAUCUAUGAUCUCAUCCUCAGUUUGUUCACUAACGAACGUGAAGAGCUUGUUGAUAUUGAAGCCUUGGCCAAAAAGAGUGGUGUAUCUCAAGAAGCCUUUGACCAGCUCCUGGAAUAUUCCGCGCAAUUCCUUGGUAAUCUCAGUAACUACAAGUCUUUUGGUGAUGAAAAGUUCAUCCCUCGUUUGUCGGCCGAUGACUUUGAGAAGAUUGUAGAGGCUAGCGAGUCUCACGAAGCCCAUGUUCUGUUUACCAAGAAGCGGGGAGAGAUGUACAAUGUUGAGCCAGUCGCAAAGAAUUUGAUUGGAUAUCCUGAUGACGGUCAUAUCUCUGGAUACUACUCCAAGAAUACCACCAAAGAAGAUAUCAAGAUUGUACAAGAAUAUCUAGAGAAGAUCAAUAUUAGUCCUCUAAACACAAGAUUAUUCAAGACAGCAGAGGGAUACCAGCUCCAUAUCGCAUCUUCGCAAGCACCAGACGAUAUUCCUCAGCCUGAAACCUUGGAAAAUGGCAUCACUCUUGAGAUAUUUUACAAUGAUUUCCAACCCUGCAUGAAAAAAGCUGCCGAUAUGGUCAAGGGCGCGAUUCACUUUGCUGCCAAUGCUCAUCAGAAGAAGAUGCUGGAAGCUUAUUACGAAUCCUUUAACUUGGGCUCAAUCGACGCGCACAUGGAGUCACAGAGAGAAUGGCUCAAGGAUAUCAACCCAAGAGUAGAGACAAAUCUCGGUUUUAUCGAAACAUACCGCGAUCCUCAGGGCGUACGUGCAGAAUGGGAAGGGUUUGUGGCUAUGGUUAACGAAGAACAGACCAAGAAGUUCAACAAUCUUGUAAGCCAAGCCCCACUGUUUGUGUCUCGCUUACCCUGGCCCCCUGCAUUUGAACGUGAGACGAUCAACAAACCAGAUUUUACUUCGCUUGAAGUUCUAUCAUUUGCCACAGCAGGUGUUCCGGCCGGCAUUAAUAUUCCAAACUAUACAAACAUCACUCAGCUUCUUGGAUCUAAAAACGUUUCACUGGGGAAUGUCAUUUCAGCUCAGUCUCCUGGUGAAAAAUUCCCUUUUAUUCGCAAUGAGGAUCUUGAUCUAUACACAACCUAUCGUAAUCCAUCGUUUGAGUUACAAGUUGGUACUCAUGAGAUGGGUCACGGAACAGGAAAAUUACUCGAAGAAGAUGCAGAAGGAAAACUAAACUUUGAUAAAGGAACUAUUGAUCCUCUUACCAAUCAACCGGUCCAAUCUUGGUACAAGUCCGGUCAAACAUUCAACUCAGUAUUCAAAAGUAUUGCGUCAAGCUAUGAAGAGUGUCGUGCCGAGUGUAUUGCUAUGGUGCUUGGUCCUCAUGCGGAUAUUCUCAAGAUCUUUAACCUUGAAGGUCAAAAAGCGGAAGAUGUGCUUUAUAUUAUGUAUCUCAAUAUGGCCAGAGCCGGUCUGACGGCCCUUGAGUUUUAUGAUCCCACUGCUAAAAAGUGGGGACAAGCACAUAUGCAGGCACGAUAUGCUAUCUUGAACACAAUGCUUAAAUCUGGUCAAGGAUUUGUUGAAAUCAAGCAAAUCAAGGAUUCUAAUGGAGAAGAAACACUAGAGAUUCAUUUGGAUCGUUCCAAAAUUAGAUCCGUCGGCGCACCUGCCGUUGCUGUGUUUUUGAAUAAGCUUCAGGUUUACAAGGCUAUGGCCGCCGAAAAAUUAGGCACUCAGCUUUACCUUGAAGCUACCAGUGUUCCUGAAAAGUGGGCCACUCACAUGCGUGACAUUGUACUCCGUAAUAAGCAGCCACGCAAGGUGUUUGUCCAAGCGAACACAUUCAUUGAGAAUGGAAAGGUUGUUUUGAAGGAUUAUGAACCCACACCUGUCGGAAUGAUCCAGAGUUAUGUUGAACGUAGAGUAUAAAUUGAAAGGAAAAGCUCUGUAUUUAAAGAGACUAGCAGGCUUGUUGUAUUGCCAUUUUAUACUAGUUCUUUUGUAUUUUGUAUUGAAUAUAUUACCAAACAUUGUUGCAUACCGAUC